UUCAUAUGGGUACCACUUUAAAACAAGUAUGCGAUAUAAUUAAUCGAACGAUUUUAAAAAAAUCCCCACUCUUUACCUUUAAAAACCCUAAUGAGGAAAAAAAGCAUUCGAGAUUUAAAACAUUAUUAGAGACCAGUUGGGCCAAUGAAAUUUCUUCAUUGGCCCUUAAAACAAUGAAAGAACGGCAAUGGGAAAAACUCCAAAUACUGCCGGUGACAAGUGACGUAAUUAAGUUUAAUAAUUUUGUCAAAAAUCAGGUUAAAGACAGUGCCAAAAAAUUAAACAAACUUUUAGAAAAGGAGGGGAAAUAAAAUGACAAAAAUAAUUUACUUCCUUUAUAUAAAACCUUAGCAAAAGGAAUAAUGGCCCUUCUUUUAAUACUAAAUAGAAAACGCAUCGGUGAGAUUCAAUACCUUGAAAUUUCUACUUACAAAAGAUCAUUUGCGGACCCCAGUGUUCAAAAAGAAAUUGCUGAAAGUUUAACUGUUUCAGAAAAACUAUUGUGUAGAAACUUUAGAAGAAUUAUUACAGGUGGAAAAGGUAGCAAACCUGUAGCUAUUUUAAUUUCUCCUUUUUUAAACGAGAAAAUUGAGCUGAUGAUUAAAAUAAGGGAAAAAAUAAAAUAAAUUCCAGAAGAUAAUAAAUACAUAUUUGCAAAUCCCAAUUCGUCGAAAGGUUGGUUUCAUGGAAUAAGUGUAAUUAAACAAUUUGCAAAAAACUGUGGGGCAAAGGAUCCCAACUCUCUAACUUCUACCAAAUUUCGAAAACAGACUGCAACAAUUUUACAGAUUAUGGACAUUAAUAAUACUGACAUGGAACAAUUAGCCACUUUUAUGGGUCAUACAAAGAAAACCCAUGAAGAAUGGUAUAGACUUCCUCAAGAUCUAUACCAGACUGCAAAAAUAGCCAAACUAAUGAUCGCUUUAAAUAAAGGUGAUGUUAAUAUUUACAAAGGAAAGAGCUUAGACGAUAUCAAUAUAGAAGAAAAUGACUACUUGGAAAUUGAAAACAUAGAAACAGAAGUAAAUGAAAUAAAUGAAAAAGAAAAAGUUUCGUCGAAGGGUAAAAGAAAGUUAUUUACCGAUGAAAUGACGCAUCCAAUGCAAAAUAAUAAAGUUACAAAAAGAAAGGAGGUGCCAACUACUGAAAAAACCGAAAGCACUUCAAAUGCGAUUGCAAGGCACCGAUGGACCGAAAAGGACAAACAAACUAUGCUUAAAUACUUUACAAGAUUCAUAAAAGAAAAAAGGGUUCCGAAAAAAGCAGACGUACAGGAAUUUAAAAAAAAAAACUGGAGAAAACUUUAAAUCAAUUGAUUGGGUAAAAAUUAAAACGUUUGUUUACAAUUCUUAGUGUAGUUUUUGUGAAGCUUUUUAUUAAAUAAAGUGUUUCUAAACA